AUGCGUGGCCCAGCCCUGCUCAUUGUGACUCAAAUCGCUUCCCCUGGCGGCACAGUCACAAUGGUCCUCCAGCAACUCGGGCAGCUGGGCGAGAAGCCCGAGAUCCGGACGCUAGGGUACGGCUGUCAGCUGGUCGGCGGGGUCCUGGUGGAACAAUGUCCGGCCAGGUCAGAAGUGGGGACCCGCCUGCUGGUGCUGUCGUCCCAGCUCAGUCACUGCAGGACCGUCCUGCGGCUCUUUGACGACCUGGCCAUGCUUGUCUACACUGCGCAGUACGGCCUGGGGGCAGAGGGGGAGGACGCUUUUGUCCGCUGUGUGUCUGUCCUGGGCAACCUUGCUGACCAGCUCUACUACCCCUGUGAGCAUGUGGCCUGGGCCGCGGAUGCCAAGAUCCUGCACGUGGACUCGGCCCGCUGGUGGACGCUCAGCACCAGUUUCUGGGGCCUCUCCCUGCUCCUGGGGACUGCCAGAUCCCUGUGGAUGGUCCUGAAGCUGAGACGGAGGCUGAGGAGCCCGGCGGAGGGGGGCGCUGCCAGCCGGCUGCCGCGGAGCAAGCGGCGGGCCCUGCAGGCCCAGGCGCGGUCGGAGCUGCUGGCGCUCCUCAGCAACCUGGCCGACCUGGCCAACGCCGUGCACUGGCUGCCGCCCGGCGUCCUGUGGGCCGGCCGCUUCCCGCCCUGGCUGGUGGGCCUGCUGGGCACCACCUCCUCGCUCCUCAGCGUGUACCAGGCCGCUCAGGCCAAGGGCCAGGCCGACGUCGCCACCCUCUGAGGCCGCCCGAGAAGCACACGGAUGCCGCCGACCCCCAGAGGGCGGCCGGGGCUCUGCCCACCACGCGGAGGCCGCCGGGCCGCGGGCUGGGCCUGUCGUCGUCGCUGCAGGUGCAGCGGGAGACCCCACCCGGGCUGGGGCCAGGCUCACCGCCCCGCCCGCCCGAGCCUUCUCUGGGGCAGAGGGAGGCCUGGGCCCUAUGGCGCGUCCGCCCCAGCGGGCCGAGGGGCCGGAGGAUGGAGACAAUUAAAUGCUGUGGCAGCUG